AUGUAUUCAGUUAAUCCACGUCAAUUGGAAUUAUUUCACCUUAGAUUAUUGUUGCUUACAGUAAAAGGAGUUACUUCUUUCCAAAGUUUAAGAACAGUUAACGGAGUUAUUCAUGAAUCUUUUACAUCUGCCUGUUUGGCAUUAGGACUUAUAGAAGAUGAUAGUGAGUGGAUUAGGACAAUGGAAGAAGCUACUUUAUGGAUGAUGCCUCGUUCACUUCGACAAUUAUUUGUACGAAUUCUAAUUCAUUGUCAUCCUGUACAUCCGGAAAAACUUUGGGAACAAUUUAAGGGGCAAAUGUCAGAAGACUAUUCAAGAAUUGGCAAUAUUGAAGCCGAAAAAACAGCUUAUAGAAAUAUAAAAUCAAUGUUAUUAAAUGAAGGAUAUUGUUUAACUGAUUUUCAGGGAUUAUUAGAUACAGAUGAAAAUUUCUCUGAGCAGGUUGAUGAAAUAGGCAUAGCUGCCACACUGCUUCCUAACGGGAAAACUGUACAUAAAGUCUUAGGUUUACCUGUUCCACUGUACAGUGAUUCAUCUUCAAAUAUUAAAGUUCAGUCAAAAGAAGCACUCUUUUUAAAAAAUAUUGAUGUUUUUAUUUGGGAUGAAGCACCAAUGGCUCCAAAAUAUGCCUUAGAAGUUAUGGAUAAGUUAUUAAGAGAUAUAAUGAAAUCAAAUAAAGUUUUUGAAAAUAUGAGAGCUUUACCAGAGGAAACAGAAUUUGUAGAUUUUCUACUUAAAGUUGGCAAUGGCGAAUUAAACGAUACAGAUGAUAACGUCGAAUUACCAGAACAUAUUAUUCAACAAGGAAAUAUAGAUAUUGCUGAAGAAAUGUAUGGUCAUUUGAUACAACAGAAAAAAUUUAAGGAUUUGUCAAUGUGUGCAAUUUUAGCACCAAGAAAUGUUGAUGUUGAUGAUAUUAAUAAGAGGGUGGUAAAUCUCUUAGAUAGUAAAGAAAUCUUAGUAUUAAUGAAGGAUUAUGUAACGGAACAAGGUUAA